AAUGGUAGAAACUGCGUCGCCUGAGUCGGAUAAGGCACACGGAAAGGCGUCACCUCGAAAGUUGGUCGAGCAGCGUGUCAGGGGUGAAGUUAAAUGGUUUAAUGUCAAGUCUGGCUAUGGCUUCAUCCAUCGUCAAGAUACCAAUACGGAUAUAUUUGUGCAUCAAUCUGCGAUUGCACGGAAGAACCCUGACCAACUCCAACGAUCACUGAAAGAAGGCGAGGAAGUUGAGUUUUAUGUAGUCGAAGGUGAGAAAGGAGACGAGGCGUAUGAGGUAACGGGCCCGGACGGCGCUCCCGUGCAGGGCAGUGUCUACGCUGCGCCUCGUGGUCGCGGACGCGUCUAUGAAUUUCGCGGCCGAGGUCGUGGUAUGGGACCCGGGGGAUUCACAAACAGCAACGACUAUGGAUUUCAGUAUGGCGGAGGUCGUGGUCGUGGAGGUCAAGAAAUGUACGGUACUUACGAUUAUAUGGAUCGUGGUGGUCGUGGUCGUCCCUUCCGAGGUCGAGGAAGACCCAGAGGCCGUGGUUUCAGGGGAGGUUAUGGAUAUGAUGGACGUGGCGCACCCCGCGGUUCCUACCGAGGUCGGCGUAGUGAUGAACACGGCCACGAAAAUGGUGAGGCAGGCCAUGAGCAAGAACAUCACGAAUGAAAACUAUUCUACCGGGCAUUCGUCGUCGUCCUCCCUUGGGUGUUAGUAAAGAAGUUGAAUAUCACUUUUGUCACCAUUCUAAUCAGUGUGUGCGUUUGAACCUCCAUCCGUCUUUACCAACUGCAAAACGGCAUAUUAGACCCUUUCUGUUAUUUGUCCACCCUGCUGCAACUGCACACCUGUUGCUCUUGCCACCUUUGCCCGCGUUCCAAAUGAGUGAAUAGUGUAAUUUAUCACCUCCAGACGGCAACUGAUAAUCGAACGCCAAGAUCAGCACAUCAAAUUAAAGAUCUGCCGAAGUUUGUCCUGCUCCUUUUGACCACCCUUUCGUCAAAUCUGCAUUUGUGAAACUCAGUAUUUUUGUAUUGCCCAUUUCCUUGGAGUUGAAUACCUUCCUCCUCGGUCCUGUUGGCUACACAAGGAUGACUGUUAUGAAUUUCUAAUGACUUCUUCCGUCCUCCAUCCAUUUCAUGCGCAUUUUUUAUUAUAAAUGCGCCCGCCAGUGGUCCAUUUGUAGAACAUCAUCCACUUGUUACGGGGAUUCGCUCUAUUCUUUUCAUAUUCAACACCAUAACAAUUGUUUUUUUGAUACCGACAAAAUGCCCUAUUAGAGUACUUGUAUUUUUC